CUCCCCCUCCUACUUCUGGUGGUGGUGGUGGGAAAUAAGCCCACCAGCGGGGGGUUGGCUGCCCUUCACCCCCCUCGCCUGCCCCGCUCGGCGCUGCAGCCGGCCGGCCGCGCGGCGCAGCCGACGCCGGGGCGGCAGGCCGCCUUCCGCUUCGCAGAGCUCUUCGCCGGCAUCGGCGGCUUCCGCCUCGGGCUGGAGGCCUGCGGGGGCGAGUGCGUCCUCGCCGCCGAGGUCGGCACGUGGGCCAGGGAGAUCUACGCACUCAACUUCGGCGGGCCCGAGGCGCGCGAGCUGGCCGGCGACGUGCGGAGGCUGGAGCCCGCCGACCUGGAGCCCUGCGACCUCCUCACGGCGGGCUUCCCGUGCCAGCCGUUCACGGAGCAGGGCGGGCCACCGAUCUUCCCGCGGCGCGUCAGGCCCUCGGCCCGGCGGGUUCCGCGACCCCCGGGCGAUGGUGUUCUGGCACGUGCCGCGGUUGCUGCGGGGCCUGCGCCCGGACCAGCGCCCCACGGCCCUGCUGCUGGAGAACGUGCCGGGCCUGCUACUGACCGACGUGUCCUGGGGGCCCCGCGCCAGCCGGGCCGCUGCCGAGGCUCCCUCGCACGGCCGCCCAGCGCCCAGCCCCGCCCGGGGGGCCGGCUUGGGGCCCGUGCUGGGCGCGCUGAGCGCCUGCGGCUACGACCUCUCCUGGCGUGUUUACGACGCUGGCUGCGUGCUGCCCCAGCUCCGCCCCCGCCUCUUCAUCGUCGGCAUCCGUAGUGACGCCCCUGGCAAGGAAGAGUUCGAGUGGCCAGCGAUGCCGGACCUGCACCCGCGCCUCGGCGACGUGCUACACCCGCCUGGCGAGGUCGACCUGGAGCCCUACAGGCUCACCGCCCAGCAGUGGGCAGCCGUGGAGGGGUCGGUCUACUUCCGCCGCCGCCCCGAGCCCGGCAGCUACCGCUCCGGCUACAAGCUGUACUCGCAGUUCGUGCCGCUGCCCGCCCAGGGGCCCAGCGACGUGCCGCUCCGCUUCCUCACCCCGCGGGAGUGCGCGAGGCUGCAGGGCUUCCCUGACUCCUUCCAGCUGACGGGGCCGCGGGCGGUGCCGGAGAGCUCGCAGUACGGCGCGGUCGGCAACGCGGUCCCGCCGCCAGUCGUCGAGCACCUGGCCCGGGCGCUGACGCCUG